CAUUCAUGCAGGCUUUACCAAGUCUCGGCGCCUGGCCGAGAAACUGUAUAAAGGCCCAUACCCAUUUCGCACCUGAGCAACUACCAUCUCAUUAGUUCUAUAGUUGAAGCUUCUGACCUCCAGACAUCUAUCCAUCACAGUACCAAGCAACCGCAAAAAUGGGCAACAAAUACACCAUCCGCAUCAACAACAACACCGGCAGUCCCCAGAAUUACAACCUCCUAAGUGAAAAGCCUGAGAUCUCGGGCGUCUCUAAGAGUAAUGUAUGGACAAGCGUUUACCAAUCAAACGAGAGUUGUCCCGAUGGAGCGACUGCCGAGUUCGAGAUUUGGAAGUCGUACUAUGGCAUCAUCGGCACCUGGAGGGGUGGCGCCAGGGAUGGUGGCAGAGUCACCAUCACCCAGACGAAGCCAGUGACCCUUGGCUCACAGUCUCCUGAUGGCAGUCAGAACCCUGGAACGACUCUGAACAUGGUUGUUGUCAACGGAAGGGUCCCUUCGUUUGACAGGGCCCUGGCGGAACCGUCUGCUUUCGUCAAUGCCUUUGAAAUCGACACCGGCAACGAUUUCACCCUCGAGAUGGCCACUGACAAUAACUUCUUUGUUGGUGUGGCCGGCUCCCCCGAUGGUGCUAGCAGCGUCCCGAUUGCUACCUUCAGACCCGAGCCUGGUAACCAGUACCAGAUCCAGCCUGCUAACAUCUUCUACAUCUCUGGUGGCCAGGCCAUGCAAGUCGGCCAGUUGGUGGAUGUAGCCAAGAUGAGAAAUCCGCUACGCAUUGACUUCGCCACUAGCGGUCUCAACAUCAACAUCAACCAUAGUCCGAAUGGGCAGCUCGUCAUUGCCAGGUAGUGGACUUUACAGCAGGGGGCGGAGGAUUUAGGGCUAUUAUAGUAAUGAAC